AUGAAUUUUUACCUAAAUGUGCUGGAUGAAAUAGAGGAGAUACUUCAAAAAUGCAACAGCGACAUUAGUCAAAAGGUUGAUAAAAUAAUUGAGUAUAUCAAGGUUAACUACAAAAAUCGACAUGAAAAAGGUAUAGCACCAAAGAGAAAUUCCCUGAAAAAGAAAAGAAGUAAUUCGAAGAAUCGAUUGGUAAAAGACACGGAUGAGAAGAAAAAGUGUGACAACUUUGCUGGGGUGGAGGGGGAAAAACAAAAGCCAAAAGGAGGUCCAAAACGUGGCCAAAAAGAGGGUCCAAAACAUGGCCAAAAACAUGGCCAAAAACAUGGCCAAAAACAGGGCCAAAAACAAGGUUCAAAGCAGGGUCCAAAACAAAGUGAAAACACAAACAGUAUUAAAAACUACUUUAAAGUGAUAAAAAGAGAGUCUCCAUUACCCAACUGCCAAAACGCAGAUACAUGCGAGGGGGACAUCACGAUGGAAAAUACUUGCAAAAUGGAAAUCAAAAGCACCUCUUCGCCAAUUAAUAUAUUUUAUUUUUAUGGAAAUUUCAAUAUAGUAAUAAUAAUCUAUUAUAUCAUAUGCAAAAUAAACAUUCAUAAUGAGAGUCUUUUUUCGAGUGAUAGCCCCCAUGGUAGUAGUAGUAGUAGUAGUAACACAAAUAUUAAUAAUAAGGAUUUCAUAAUUUAUAGUAAUAAAAAUAUAACACACAUUAUAUGUUCACAAUUGAAGAAUGACGAUUUAAAUGACUUAAACGAAAUGGUAAAAGAAAUAAUAAGUUAUAAAUUAAGUUCUCUUCGAAUAUUUGUUAUUGAAUCUUUUGAUUUUCUUAAUGAACAAUUCAGAAAGAUAUUUAUGAAUAAAAUGGUUAGAAAUAAAAAUCUUGUAUUUAUACAAAGUUCUGUUUCUUUAAAUGAUAUAUAUUUAAGCAAUUGCUUAUAUAUUAGAAUACCUAAACCAGACAAAAUUUCAUUUAAUUCACAUUUUUUAAACUUAUCUCAAAAUAAAUAUAAAAUGAAUGUACAAAAUAGUGAGAAAAGAGAUUAUCUAAUAAAUGUCAUAAGCAGUUGCAACUACGACAUUACCUUAAUACUGACCAUGCUAUACAUAAUUAAACUUAAUAAUUUCCCUGAUCUUAACAAAAUUAUAAAAUUAAUUGUUAAUACCAACAUAAAAAAGUUAAUAAGUGUAAUACACAAAUGUGUUAUUACAAAGAAUUCUCUCUUUUUAAUAAGAAAUAUUUUAUAUGCUAUUCUAUAUACUUACAAUUUUGACAUUCAUAAUUUCUUAACAAUCUUUUGCAAACAAUUAACUGCUUUUCACAAAGAAGAUGAUAAUUAUAAAAAGGAAAUAUUAUCUCUCUUUUCAGAAUAUAGCUAUUUCAUUUCUUUGCACGAUAAUCAUAUAUUCUCAUUAGAAAAUCUCGCUUCAAAAAUUAUUCUAAUUGAGCAGAAGUAUACUACUACAUUAAAUCCAUGCUUUCCCAAUUCUGAAGAGAACGAUGAAUUUAGUACAAGUUUCCAAUCAGAAAUUGCGUAA